GCCCGACUUUCCAACAACUGAACGGAUGGCGUCAAGCUUCACUCUUACCUUUACCGCCGCUCAAACAUGAGUCUCUUGCUUCGUACAUGCUUGCAAUAUUUCAGCUUGCUGAUGUGGACGUUCUUUCUACCCAAGGAACGUCUACACCACUAGCGCGUCCAUGUCGAACUUCUUCGACCGUAAAGCGAACUUUCGCGAUGAGGGAGCUGCAAGCCACGAGGCAAAGCAAACGGGUCAAGGUCAUGGAUCUCGAGCGAGUGAUCGAACAUCACAUAUCUACGAAGCUCCGUAUACGUCGCACCGAAAGCGCUCUUAUUCACCACCCUCACCAAUGACUGGUCAGAAGCGAUCUGUCUCGGUGGAGUCAAACACGGCCCUGAACCACAAAAAGAGGCCCCGAAUCAGCGAAGACGAGAGGAGGUUAUGUGGAGAUUACGCUCUACCUAGUGACGCUGUCCCAGUACCCAGUCCUGAGUCUUGGGGCAACAGCUCGCCCUUUAGUCGGGCGAAAGCAACCAAGGCGCAAGUUCAGCCCUCAAGCCUGUUGAUACCAUGACUCACAAACAUGACCAUGCGAGACAUAAUAAACCACUUCACACUUACGGAUCAAAGAGCAACGGUGGCUUCGGACGCGGAUUUACAAGCUUUCAAGAUACACAUCUUCAUAUUUCACCUGACAAUUCCCGAACAACGCCUAUAACGAAGCCUGAAAGUCGUACCAAUAGCUCGUCAGCACACAAGUGGAGGAAAUAUUUAUCUGCUACACAAGAG